AUGACACCCUCUGCCAUCUUAAAUCUGACACCAGACUCUCUUCCUGCGAGAGCUCGUAUUCUUGUCCCUGAGAAAGUCUCGCCUGACGGCCUUGCUCUGCUUACGCCCCAUUAUGAUGUCGAUGUCAAGCUGGGACUUUCCGCCGAAGAACUCAUUUCUAUUAUCCCUAGCUAUCAGGGUCUUAUCGUUAGAUCAGAAACCAAAGUCACACCAGAGGUGUUGCAAGCAGGGAAGAAGCUCAAGGUGGUGGCACGUGCUGGUGUUGGUGUCGACAACAUCAAUGUGCCAGCGGCUACGACGCAAGGCAUCAUCGUCAUCAACUCUCCUGCAGGCAAUAUCUUGGCAGCCGCCGAGCACACCAUUGCCCUACUGCUAGCGACGGCCAGGAAUGUUGGCCGUGCCGAUGGGACCAUCAAAGAAGGAAAAUGGGAGCGUAGCAAGCUCGUUGGAGUGGAAGUUGGUCGGAAGACGCUCGGGAUCGUUGGCCUAGGCAAAGUUGGCCUGAAUGUUGCCAGAAUGGCCAAGGGCUUGGGAAUGCAGGUCAAGGCCGUCGAUCCCUAUGCCAGUGCUGAUCUUGCUCGCCAAGCAGGCGUUGAGCUCGUACCAAGCCUCAAGGACGUGCUACCGCAGGUUGAUUUCCUCACCAUUCACACACCGCUGCUGGCAACGACAAUGGAUCUGAUUGGUGAGGCAGAGCUAAAGACAAUGAAGAAGACGGCUCGGAUUCUUAACGUCGCCCGAGGUGGAGUUUACAAUGAAGCCGCGCUGCUCAAGGGCUUAGACGAGGGAUGGAUUGCUGGCGCAGGCUUGGAUGUCUUCACAACUGAGCCUCUUCGGCCUGACUCCGUCGCUGCGCAGCUCGCCAGGCAUCCCAAGACCGUGGCCACACCACAUCUAGGGGCUUCCACAGUAGAAGCACAGGAAAACGUAUCCAUGGACGUAUGUACACAGAUGCUUGAGAUCCUGCGUGGUGGCCUGCCGACAAGUGCCGUCAAUGCCCCCAUAAUCUUGCCGGAAGAGUACCGUAAGCUUCAACCUGCGGUGCAAUUGGUCGAGAAAAUGGGACGCCUCUAUACUCAACACUUCGUCAAGGUCAAGGGAGGCAUGAUUGGCGAUCGCAAGUUCGAGCUUAUCUAUCGCGGUGAUCUGGCUGGGAUGCCCAAUACGAAGCCACUCUUUGCUGCCCUCGUCAAGGGCCUUGUAGCGUCGUUUAGCGACUCCCACGUCAAUAUCGUCAAUGCCGCUCUUAUCGCUAAAGAGAAGGGUAUUGUAAUCAAUGAGACACACGCACACCAAUCGAAAGACAUGACUUUUUUAAACCUGGUGACCUUGAAGUCGAUUGCCGAGGGGCCAAUCGGGGGCAAAACAGAGCAAAUCAUCGAGGGAUAUGCUUCCGACAAGAGGGUUUAUAUUUCAAAAUUGGAUUGCUUCAACGCAACCUUCAGUCCUGAGGGUACUCUGAUUAUUCUUCACAAUUACGAUGAACCUGGCAAGAUUGGUGGAGUGGGCAUGGUCCUCGGCUCUCAUGGCAUUAACAUUCGAUACAUGCAGGUGGCCAGUCUUGAUGCAGAAGCCCGACAGGGUCACAACACGCCCCCGACUCAGAAGGACAAUGAGGCUCUUAUGAUUCUGGGAGUCGAUGGCGAAGUUGACGCAAAAGUUAUGGAGGGGUUGCGCAAGUCAGAAGCACAACCCCAACCAACAUGCCACUUGACUGACUGGGCAAUGGGGGUGGACUUGCAUACAUCCGUGGAGACCUCAGUUUGGACUCCACUGCAACGCUGUCAUAAUUGGGAUGAUGUUCGUCAGCCCGUCCACACGAGUCUCAAGAAGAAACUCUCUUGUCGAAAGCGUACGACAGUCUCAACCCCGCCCUUCGUCGCUGAACCUAGCUUCUUGUGUGCGGUAAAGUCACAGCAGUGCUGUCUCAAGCAUCAACUGUCGGACUUUCUCAACCCCACGAGCGCAACAACUGUUUGUCUGGGUAAUCAUCUCCCCGCUUCCGAUACCGAGUAUUCCUUACGGCCGACUAUGCAGCGCAACGCUGGUUCUGGAGGCCUUGCAAGCUUUCGAACAUGCGUCCUUGGGAUGGGCCGUGUGCUAGGCGUUGGCUUGUCGUCUGUCACAGCUGCGCCAUUGGUCCAGACAGAGCCGCAUGGUCAUGAUGACCCCGAAGGCACAUCGGUGUGGGUGCUUUAUGUUGCCUCAAUGGCCCUCGUGUUACUCGGCGGGGCUUUUGCUGGCUUAACUAUUGCCUUGAUGGGGCAGGAUAGCAUUUAUCUACAAGUCGUGUCUGGCGAUCCAAUGGAACCGCAAUACAAGAAUGCCAAGAGAGUAUUGAGCUUGUUGAACAAGGGCAAGCAUUGGGUUCUCGUUACUUUGCUCCUUGCCAACGUUAUUGUGAACGAAUCGUUGCCUGUUGUCCUCGACAGGACAUUGGGUGGCGGUGUUGCUGCUGUUGUCGGCAGUACCGUUCUCAUUGUCAUCUUUGGCGAAAUCGUCCCUCAGUCUAUCUGCGUCCGCUACGGCCUGCCGAUUGGUGGGUAUAUGUCGCAACCUGUUCUCAUAUUAAUGUACCUCAUGAGCCCCGUUGCGUGGCCAACCGCGAAGCUGCUUGAUUGGAUCCUCGGCGAGGACCAUGGCACAGUGUAUAAAAAGAGUGGCCUCAAGACCCUUGUCACUCUUCACAAGUCUCUUGGAGAACUAUCCGAGCGGCUAAAUCAAGACGAAGUAACUAUAAUCACCGCUGUCCUAGACCUCAAGGACAAGCCCGUAUCAGAGGUCAUGACUCCCAUGACCGAUGUGUACACUCUGGCUGAGGAUCACGUUUUGGAUGAAAAGACAAUGGAUAAUAUUCUGUCGUCCGGUUACUCCCGCAUCCCGAUUUAUCGCUCAGGCAAUCCCACAGACUUUGUCGGCAUGCUCCUUGUCAAGACUCUCAUCACAUACGACCCAGAAGACAGAAUACCUGUCCGAGAAAUUCCUCUUGGGGCCAUUGUUGAGACCAGACCAGAAACCAGCUGCUUGGAUAUUAUCAACUUUUUCCAGGAAGGCAAAUCUCACAUGGUCUUGGUAUCGGAUCAUCCCGGAUCCGACCACGGUGCUUUGGGCGUCGUUACAUUGGAGGAUGUCAUUGAGGAGCUUAUUGGAGAGGAAAUCGUGGACGAAUCAGACGUGUAUGUUGAUGUACACAAGGCCAUUCGGCGUCUGACACCGGCUCCUCGAGCCCGGCGCAUUCACGCUGAAGCUGGCGCUGCUGCCGUGGGCCGGAAACCAGGAGAUGGCGCAGCCCUGGUCCACAUUGCAGAAAACCUUGAUGCUCCCGAGCCCUUGGUUGGUUCACCUGGAGCGAUGAGCGACGGAGUUCCAGAAAGGGCUGCCAAGACGGCGACCUUCAUGAAACGACGCGGCUCUGCUGGACCAGAUGGCACACCCAACAACAAACCCGUGCCCUUCAAGGCAUCAUUAGACGAAAUGAAACAGCAACUUCGACACCUGGCUCCUUCGAAUCGUGCGGCUAACCCUCGAAAUACUCGCACCAAUGUGUUCAAGAUUAAACAAGGCCUCAGUGUGACGACUUUUGUUGCGGGUGACGGUAAUAGCAGACUGGUUGACGGGCCGGUGCCUAAACAGGACGAUGUCACAGACGGCGAUGAGACAACACCUCUUCUCAACGCGAUCAGCUUGAAUGGCAGCGGACCAGAGAACGGGUACGGAUCCGACAAGUCAAAAAAGGACGAAGCUAGACCCAAAACGCCAUAA